AUGUACCUUCUUACUAUCGUCAAGAGCUCGGAAAAUUUGAGAAUGCCCUAUGCCCUGCUGACCGCUCGCUACAACUCGGCGCAGGGCAGCUACGAAUGCGUGCAUCUUGACGAUCCGUCUGGACUGAUAUUAGGCCGCUUCAACACUGAGGAGAUGAAGGCGCGGAAAAGAUCGGGUGACCCAAUCAAGCUCUACACCUCGCCACUAAUCGUCCUAAAUGCGGCCGAGGAGCUGGGAUUUGAGCUCGCAGCUGGCCCUCCACGAAUUUCGACUGAAGCCAUCAUACUGACCUACUCCUGGCACCUCUGCAAAGAUUCCAAGCCGCUUUUCACACUUUCUGCUCAU